AUGUCUGUCACUGUGUAUGCAGUGGUGGCUAUCGUGCUGAUUUUGGUCUUGCAACAGCUUGGUAGAAUCGGAGGGAGACCCGUAGACUAUCCUCCAGGGCCACCUACGCUACCACUGAUUGGCAAUCUUCACUUGAUGCCGAAGAAGAAGGGUCAUUUGCAAUUCCAGAGAUGGGCUGAGGAAUAUGGUCCCAUAUACUCAUUGGUUCUCGGAACAAAGGUAUUGAUCGUCCUGUCUUCCGACCAAGUGAUCAAGGAUCUACUCGAAAAAAGAAGCAGUAUAUACUCCUCUCGACCAGAAUUGUACUUGGGAAAUGUUAUCAGUGGUAGCCUGCGCAUAGCGUUGAUGGAAUAUGGCGAAACCUGGCGAUUGCUUCGGAAGAUCAUUCACAACAGCUUGAACAUUAAAGUUGCCAGGACAUAUGUCCCAUACCAAGAUCUCGAGAGCAAAACCAUGCUCAUGGGCUUCUUGGAGAAGCCAGAUCUUUUUAGCCACCAUAUUCGCCGAUACACAAACUCUUUGACAGCUCAGAUGAUCUUGGGAUUCCGCACAACAAGCAUAAACGACCCCAAGCUGAUUCAAUUAUACAGUGGAUUUGAGAAGUUCUCCGAGGUGGCCGGAUCUCAGACAGCCGCCCUUCUUGAUGUAUUCCCGUUGCUUCGAAGUCUGCCCGAUUGGGCCCUCCCGCUCCGGCAGCACGCAAAUAAGUUGCACGAGAAGGAGAAUGAGCUGUUCAUGGGCCACUGGCUGAAUGUCAAGAAAGCCAUCAAGAACGGCUCUGCUAUGCCUUGUUUCUGUGUUGACUUGCUCCGAGCUCAAGACGAAAAUCACUUCUCUGAUUCACUCGCUGCUUACACGAGCGGAUCACUCCUCGAGGCAGGUUCCGAUACUACGGCUGCAAUACUUAUUGGGUUCAUCCAAGCCUUAUUGUUGUUCCCAGAAGUCGUCAAUAUCGCACAGGAAGAGCUUGACCGUGUUUGUGGCGACCGCUUUCCAACAUUAGAGGAUGCGCAGGAUCUACCGUAUAUCCGUGGCUGUGUUAAGGAGAGCAUGCGAUGGAUGCCAACGGAUAUCCUUGGUGUCCCGCACGCUGUGACUCGGGAUGAUGAGUACAUGGGCUAUAAGAUCCCUAAGGGCGCAGGUGUGAUGUUGAAUGUCUGGGCGGUUCACAUGGAUCCUAAACGCCAUCCUGAUCCACGCAGAUUCGACCCUGCAAGAUACCUCAAUGAUCAUCAGACAGCGGCAGAAUCCGCAAAUAACCCAGACGCCUCGAAGCGAGAUCACUUUGUCUUUGGUGCAGGCAGACGCCUGUGUCAAGGAAUGCACAUUGCUGAACGGUCAUUAUUCCUGGCUAUAUCGCGACUGCUAUGGGUCUUUGAGUUCCACAAAGCGCAGGACGAGGACGGCAAUGAGAUUGUGCCGGAUGCAGACGACCUAACGGAGGGACUGAUCGUUCAGCCAAACGCCUUCCCAGCGAAAAUCGUGCCCCGAGAUGCUGGCAGGGUAAAACAAGUGAAAGCUGAAUGGGAAAAGAUGGAAGGACUGUUGGACGAAAACCUACAGUGGAAGGCUCUUCCUGAGGGAAUCAUCUGGAAGAGGUAUGAACAGAGUGGCUCGCUCUGA